GUUUUCGCGCGGGGCGGGUGUUGUCGUUCGUACAACUUUCGCGCGACGAGCAGUGGAGUUAACGCGGGGGAGUUCGUCGUGCACGGAGGACCGCGCGAAAAUGCCGCCGAAGAAGCGGGAGAAGGACCUGGACGGGCAGAAGGGACCUCGCAUGGACCAGAUACAGGCUGACCACGAGCUGUUUCUGCAGGCCUUCGAAAAACCAACGCAGAUUUACCGCUUCCUCCGCACAAGAAACCAAAUUUCACCAAUAUUUCUGUACAGAAACUUAACGUAUAUGCGGCAACGUAUGUCCAGAAGUCACAAGGCACGACGAGGAUUCAAGGUCGACUCGAUUUUGGAAAAGUUAAUAUCGAAAAGCAAUCAAGAGCAGAAUCUCGGCCUUCCCGGAUAUAUGACCCUCACGUUUUUAGGAUUUUAUGACAAAAGAGUUGAGAUAUCACAGGAUCCAGUUAAAGUGGAAACACUAUUAUUGAAAAUCUGCCACAAGAAGCGGAAAGAUGUUAGUUCGCCUAUCAUGCAAGUUCCAAUCGGCACAAGCGAGGUCCCGAUCAAUCCUUCCGAGACUCAGCCUCCGUCGAAGGCGCCCACGAUUUCCAUACCCAAUGAAUCAUUUAGCUUAAAUAACGGUCACGUAGCGAAGACUUAUACGCUUUUGCUCAGGGUUUAUUGCAUGUCUAACAAUGGCUGCCUUAUGCAUAACUGUGAUUUAGAAGGUACGUACGUGGCCGCGAAUGGUUACGAUGAGCGUCUCGCGCAUCCUUCUGCCUCUUCCGCGUACUUUUUUUGCUCUUUUCGGGAAAUAAAUGCGAACGAGAACGUUCUUUCCGCAGAACCAGCUCAAAAACGUCGUAAAUCGUCUACGGGUUCGAUUAAGACUGGCGGUGGCGAGGAGGUGAAGCAGUACGGCUCCGAGCUCAUAGUGUACGAUAAGCACAGCCGGUGUUUGUUGACGGACGGCGAUUACGAAUUAGGUUUGCAGGAAGUACAAACCAAUAUUAGGUCUAGCCCUAAGAAGCACAGUUCUUGGGAGUCUUUGCCGGACAUCAAGAACUGCGAGCCCUUCGAAGUGUUCAGCACCGGGCCGACGUUGAAGUUCCGACUAAGUUGGACGACGGAACCGAGCAACGGUCUGGUGGACCGACCGGCGCCGAUACAUCCGAUACCGAGCGGCGACAAUAAAGAGAAUCGAUCGGCCAACGCUGGUUUUGAGCGUUCUUCCGUAGGUCACAAUAAUAAUAGCACAAACAAUAACAAUAACGCGACACUGCCAACGCCUAGUCCAUUAACGCCCUCGAGAAUAGGUGUCCCCAACGAGAAGGUGGACGCCAACGCGGGAGCCCAGCAGAUAGUUUAUCAAUUUUUGUACAACAAUAACAGCCGGCAGCAGACGGAGGCUUGCGAAGACCUACACUGCCCAUGGUGCUCGUUGGACUGCGGCAAACUGUACUCGCUUCUGAAGCACUUGAAGCUCUGCCAUUCGCGGUUCACAUUUACAUACGUGCCAAUUCCGCAAGGUGCCCGAAUAGACGUAGCAAUAAACGAGUGCUAUGAUGGUUCGUAUGCCGGUAGUCCUCACGAAUUAAUUUCACAACCGUCUAGCGUACCUUUUUCAAGGACAGGGCCGACAAGACGCACCAGCGUGACGAACAUCCUGGUAUGUCGUCCGAAGAGAACGAAGCCGAGUCUGUCCGAGUUCCUGGAGCUCGAGGAGAACGAGUUCGAGAGCCAGAGGCCGUACAUCACCGGCCACAACAGACUGUAUCAUCACACCGUGACCUGCUUACCCAUAUACCCCAAAGAGAUGGACAUCGACUCCGAGGGCGAGAACGACCCCAAAUGGCUGCAAACGAAGACGAUGAUGAUGAUCGACGACUUCACGGACGUGAACGAGGGCGAGAAGGAGCUGAUGAAGAUGUGGAACCUGCACGUGAUGAAACACGGAUACGUGGGCGACUGCCAAAUACCACUAGCUUGCCAAAUGUUCUUAGAGAAUAAAGGGAAAGAGUUACUCAUGAAGAACCUCUACCGCAACUUCGUGCUGCACAUGUGCAGCCUGUUCGACUUCGGUCUCAUCAGCCCGGUGAUCCUCUACCAGACCAUACAGAAGCUGCAGGAGAUCAUGAAGGAAGGCGGCGAAGACGGGGACGUGCGCAAGGUGUUACAAAAGUCGCACGAGGCGCAGGUGGAGCGCUGGACGAUCACGAGCUCGCAGACCUCGGCGUACGACACCAAGGCCGGCGCGAAGGUCAACUUCGGCGGCGACGGCGGCAACUCGAACGCCAGGCGGAAGACCUCGCUACCGUUGGGCUCGCCCAACACCCAGAACGUCAAGAGUACGAUGUCCGCGCACAACAACGUCAGCAAGCACGCCAGCAUGAUGGCGUCCUCGUCGUCCUCGAGCAAGAACGUCGCGCACGGCUCGAUGCAGAACUCCGUCAGCAAGAACGCCGGCGCGGGUUCCGCCUACGGGGCCGCGGCCUCGAUCGGCAAGGGGAUCGCGAGCAACGGCGUCGGCCGGGGCGAGAACGAGAGCGCACCGUCGGGCAAGCAAUCGGCCGGCAACGAUCUGCCCGCCAGGCGGAAAAGUACAAACUCCAUAGUGCAAGUCGGCGCGGAGAACGCGACGCCGCUGCGCCGGAAGUCGAUGGCCGGCGAGAGCGUGAGCACCGAGUACCACCGGAGGAAGCUGGUGUUGGACGCGAUACCGCCGAGCAACGGAGUCGCCAGUCAGAAACCGUCCCCGAACGGAGGUAGCUACUAGUAGCGAAAAAGAAAGCGAUUUUCGCGUUCUCCUGUGCAAAUCUUACGUCUUCUGAGCCUAAGUUCGUCCCGGAGACACGUCUCCGCGCCGACACCGUCGUUCUAUCCUCAGCACGUGACGAGCAAGAAAGAUGGAACGACGCUUUCAGCACGGAAAGCGUCCGAAACGAACUUGUGUCUGUUUCCACCCCAUCGUGCGUUGAAUCUAAACGACGACUAACUCGACGGGAUUAACCGAUCGCAUUUACCAAUUAACUGGAACUGAUCGCUGCGAUCGGUGAACGGUUCCGUCGAGUUAAUCGUCGAUCAGAUUUGAAACGUGAAACGGUGGAAACGGGCAUUAGCUUUUCUCUAUUUCUUUCACUCUCUCUCCCUUUCUCUGUCUUUUUUUUUUGUACAGUAUUUGUUGCAAAUAAUAUAAAGAGAUGCAAUCGAAAUUUAUAAUUAAUAAAUCGGAUAAUUAUUGUUCUUAGCUGUUAGACGAGCAUUCUCGAGUUUUAAUUUAAAAGCUGUUGAGAACUAUUCGGGGAAUCGAGAGGAUAUAAAUGUAACGGGCAAGAUACGCGCGAGCGUGUGUAGCUACCCUGAUUGAUCGCCUCUGUAUGUAUCAACGGUCCGAUCGCGACU